AUGAAGGUGGCGUCCUUCAACGUCAGAAGAUUGGGCACAAGCAAAGUGGCUGAUAAGAACGUCCUGAAAUAUCUCAUUAAGAUUGUGUCCCGCUACAGUGUCUUCUUGAUCCUAGAAGUGGUUGAUAGGACUGGCCAGGCCAUGACAACGUUCCUUAAAGAGCUGAAUGACACAAGGGCCAAUAAGAAGCAUCCCUACACCAUGGUGAAGAGUUCCAGAUUGGGGCGCGACACCUACAAGGAACAGUUUGUCUUCCUCUACAGAGAGGACCAUGUGAAGCUGACUGACAGCUAUCAGUAUAAGGACAACCAGGUGGGAGAUGAGGAUGCCUUCGCCAGAGAGCCCUACAUCCUCCGCUUCACCUGUCUCCAUACAGUGCUGAAAGACCUCGUAUUGAUCCCGGUGCACACCAAGCCUGAAGACUCUGUGAAGGAAUUGGAUGAGCUGUACGACGUCGUCAAAGUAGUGAAGAAGAAAUGGAAGACGGAUAACAUCAUGAUCCUGGGCGAUUUCAAUGCGGACGGAAGUUAUGUCACCAAGAAAGGCAUGACAAAAAUCCGUAUCCGUAGUGACAAGAAGUUCCACUGGGUGAUUGGAGAUGAUGUGGACACCACAGCCAACACAAGCAACGACCACACCUACGACAGGAUUGUGAUGUACGGGGAUGACAUGUUGGAGGCGAUGGUCCCCAACUCAGCCAAGCCCUUCAACUACCACAAAGCCUUUCACUUAUCUGAAGCUAUGGCUUUGAGUAUCAGUGACCACUACCCUGUAGAGGUGGAGCUGGCGACGGCUGAAACUGUACCACAGAAGAAAGAGGAAAAAGAGAUAGAGGAAGUAGAGUCUCUCAGUGUAAACCCAACACCACGGAAGAAGAAAAGACUUGUGAGAAAGAGGAAGUCAGAACAAGUCUAG